AUGGGAGAAACAGAAGAGAAAGAAGUGAAGAACCAUGGUGAUAAAGAAGAGGAGCACAGCAAGGCUGAGAAAACAGAGAAGAAGGAUAAGAAGAAGGAUAAGCACGAGGACGAUAAAAAUGGCGGAGGAGAAGAAGGCGAUGAUCAAGAGAAGAAAAGCAAGAAGAAAGAUAAGAAGACGAAGAAAGAGAAGAACCCUGAAGAUAAAAAUGAUCCAGAGAAGUUGAAGAUGAAACUUACCAAGAUUGAAGACAAGAUUCAAGCUAUGGUCCUAAAGAAAGAUGAGAUCGUGAAGCUUAUUCAUGAGGCUGAACAAGGUAAGGCGACUACUGCAGUCGAUGCACCACCACCAACUAACUAA